CGCAGCCGGGCGGCGGGCGCAGAGGCGGCGGCGGCGGUGGUGCGGGCAGUUAUUCGGCGGCGGCGGCGGCAAUGCGGCGGCCCCGCUGAUCCCGCUAGCUCCGGGCGCCGGAGGCCAGCCGCGCAAGGCGGCCCGGGCCGGGCGGCAGCAUGCGGAGCGGCGAGGAGCUGGACGGCUUCGAGGGCGAGGCCUCGAGCACCUCCAUGAUCUCGGGCGCCAGCAGUCCGUACCAGCCCACCACCGAGCCGGUGAGCCAGCGCCGCGGGCUGGCUGGCCUGCGUUGCGACCCGGACUACCUGCGCGGCGCGUUCGGCUGCCUCAAGGUCGCCCAAGUGAUUUUGGCCCUGAUCGCGUUCAUCUGCAUAGAGACCAUCAUGGAGUGCUCCCCGUGUGAAGGCCUCUACUUUUUUGAGUUUGUGAGCUGCAGUGCGUUUGUGGUGACUGGAGUCUUGCUGAUUCUGUUCAGUCUCAACCUUCACAUGAGGAUCCCCCAGAUCAACUGGAACCUGACAGAUUUGGUCAACACUGGACUCAGCACUUUCUUUUUCUUUAUUGCUUCCAUUGUACUGGCUGCUUUAAACCACAAAACCGGAGCAGAAAUUGCUGCCGUGAUAUUCGGCUUCUUGGCAACCGCGGCGCACGCGGUGAGCGCGUUCCUGGCCGCGCAGAAGUGGAGGGUCAGCCUCCGCCAGCAGAGCGCCAGUGACUACAUCCGCGCCCGCACGGAGUCCAGAGACGUGGACAGCCGGCCCGAGAUCCAGCGCCUGGACACAUGUGAGGAAGGCAGAUAUUCGGUGCUUGGAGGGAGAACUGGCUGGUCCAAGGGUUCCUGGGGGAGCGCGAGGGCAGGAUGCCUGUGCCGCCUCUCGGGACCGGCCCAGGCCGCUAAGGCCUCUCGCCUGCCUCCAGCUCUGUCACUCCGUAACCCGUUUAAAACCGAGUUUUCAAAUCCUGCCGCAUGAUGAAACUGACGUAUGUGGAUAAAACCAGUGCUUUUCAUAACUUGAUUCUGAUGUAGUUUCCUCUAAAAGAAUGCUAGGGGUCGAAACUAUUUGUAUAUGUUGAAAUUUGUAGGGGUUCAGGAACCCGUGGCAAAAACACUUAACUAUUUAUUACAGGUAUGACUGUAUUUUUUCUUUUCCCAAAGUAGGUAAUUAUGUCUUUGUAUAUUUUAAGACAAAUAAUAAUCACUUCACCUUUGGUGCCUUCCGUGUGUCAGUCACAUGAACACUCUUGUCAAUCAUGGAAUUGAAAAAAAAAGAUGUACAUUUAGUUAAACAAGAUAACACUAUUUUUGUAGCAUGAUUUUAGAUUGUGUCCUUUCAGUAUUGCUUCCAGCAAAUGUUGGUUUUGAGGUUUGGUCAUUUUCCCUUUAAACUUCAUUAUAUAUUUUAAAAAAGAAGAAAAAAAAAAAAAAACCCCAAACCCCCGGCUUUUUCGGUCUUGUUUUCUGCUGCUUUCUCCCCAAUAUCUUGUUUCUGCUUAUUUAAACAGCCUGAGAGUGAGAAUAUAUUUCUGUGAAGUAGUUAUUGAUCAGUAUAACUGCAUUUGGCAUUUUUAAACCAUUUUUUCAGUUUGAACAGCCACCGCUCAUCUCAAACAGUAAGAGGAAAGUGGUUCCAUAAAAAAAGGACAGAACAUUCUCGGUGCUCUGACUUCCCCAUCUUUGGGUCUAAAACGGCGAAAAAAGCCCUUUCUUUGGCUGGUGUCUGUCUUCCAGAUCAGCUCAGGCCGCCGUCCUCCGCCUUGGCUAGCCUCCCUCUGCCCGUGUGAGACGUGCUGGGGUGGGGCGGUGGGGGGGUGGAAUCUCUGCUGGUCUCGGGCUCACCUUCCAGUCGGAUCUCAGAUUGGUUUGUGGAUGCCCUGGGUAGGUUCCGUGGCCCUUCCUGGUUUCCCGCCCAAACAUAAUAGAUUCCCUGCUGUGACAAGCUUGAUGAAAUUAAGACACAGAGGACAUGCCGGCUGCUCCUUUUGCUUUCCCAUCCCUGCAGGACUGAGUUAUGUCUGGUCAAGAAAAGUCUUGAGUAAACUAGCUGAGCCCAUUUAAAAUGAAGGAAUGGAUUUAUUAAAACAUACAACUGUAGCUUUUUUUUUUUUUUUUUUUUGGUCGCUUUGAAGGGUCGGAAUGUGUUAUUAUUUUCUAACAAAGGAAGUCGAGUCAGAUGGCUGAUAAUUCCCAUGUGAUUACUCGGUACUUGGCCCAGUGGUACUUGGGAGAGGGGCAAUGUUAAUUUAACAACUACUACACUUUGCUUCUUAAAAGUCUAUUUCCUUUAGCAGUGUAGACACAGCUGCAGGGCGACCUGAGGUGCCGCCUGUUUGGCAAACUUUGGUUUAUGCUGUUGGUAGGUCAGAGCUCCCAUCCUGGCUUUUGAAGCUGGUGUGGAUGCCCUGGGGUGGGCACCACCCGGCUCCCACAGGCUCCCAGGUUUGACUCUAUACAUUUGGAGUGGUUUGGGGGCCCCAAAGCCUUUGCUCCUGUUGGUUUGUCCCUGACAGCAGACAAAGCCUCAUGCUGCCCUCAGUUUUCCCUCUUUCUUUUGAAGGACCAAUUUUUCACGGUACUUGUCCUGAUUGUUUUCAUAGUGUUCAAAUCUGUAUUUUUGUAUGUAGAGGGAAAUAAUUUUCUCAACACUAAUCGCUAAUAAAUGCUGUAUUAAAUUGUCAUGAAGGAGUUCUUGUUUAAUAAACGGACAUGUAAAAACAGUA